GGACUUCUUCCUUUUCCAGUGUCAGCUACGGAGCACGGCGGGUCUAAGCAGCCAUGGAGGUGUUGGUGCUGAUUGACUUUGAAGGGACAGUGCCGGAUGAACUGACGGUGCAGGCCGGAGACGUGGUGAAGAAUGUCACCAAGGCCAGUGAGGAAGGUUGGCUGGAGGGUGAGCUAAGAGGAAAGAGAGGCAUCAUCCCUGCUAACUUUGUUAAGGAGGUACCGGUUUAUUUACUGGGAGACACCAAGCGGGAGCCAAGAAGUAUUAGAACAUCAAAGAUGCCGAAGAAACAGACCAGAAAAUGUGAAGUGACCUUUGCAUAUACACCAGCACACGAGGACGAGCUGGAGCUGGUCGUUGGGGAGACCAUAGAAAUCCUCAGAGAAAUUGAGGAUGGUUGGUGGAUGGGAAAGAAAAAUGGAGUAGUUGGAGCUUUUCCAUCAAACUUUGUCAAAGAAAUAUUUGUUUUAGAAAGUAAGCAUAACGAGGGAAAAAUAAGGCCCAAACUCUCCCAAGCCAUCUUCAGUAAGGAGGGAAGGCCACAGCAGAGGGCAAGUGUACGGAACAAAACAACAAAAGCGAAAGAAUGUUGUCAGGUUAUGUUUGAUUAUUCUCCCUGUGGAGAGGAUGAGCUGGAGCUAAAGAAAGGAGAUAUCGUCACAAUCAUCACAAAGGAGACCGAGGAUGAGGGCUGGUGGCAGGGAGAGCUGAAUGGGCACAGGGGCUUCUUCCCCGACAACUUUGUUAUGGUCAUUCCAGCCGAUGCCCUCCAAUGCGGGACUAAAAGCCAGGCUCCGGUCCGACGUGGCACUGAGAAACGAUCAGUCAAGCUACAACCUGCAGGAAUGGAACAGAAGAACGGCACUGACGCAAAAGAAGAGAAGCCAGAGUUGAAAGACCUGAGAAGUGAUCCCCCUGGCAAAAUCAAACUCCCAGGCCUGCGUAAAGCUCCGCCACCUCCAGUUAAGGACAAACCACAAAAGUUUGUGCCCAAGACCAAUGAUGACCAACCUCCUGUUUCACCUAAACACACUGAAAAUAAGGAACAGCCUCCUGUUUCACCAAAACACACUGAGAAUAAGGAACAACCUCCUGUUUCACCAAAACACACGGAGAAUAAGGACAAAGAUGUGGACCACUUUGAUGGGAUUGAUGUGGCCCCACAGAAACUGAGUCAUCCCACAGCAAACAGAGCUAAGCCUCCUCAGAGAAGACCACCGACAGCAGCCGCCAGUGCCCCGCAAGGAGCCACUGGUGUGGAGCAGACUGAGGAUUCGUCAGACCCAGAUGGGUCGUCUAAAAAGACUACACAGGACCAUUCACAUUUGCCAGAAAAAAUAGAACAAUCCCUCAAGUCCAUGACGGCACCGCAACCUAACCUAAACCUCCAACCUAAAGUGCCAACGGAGACCAAGCCUCAGGAGGAGAAUGUGUCACUGGCUGUAGUCAUGGCAGAAAUCAAAGAGCUGCGUGUGUCACUGGACCUACUGAAGGCCCUUCAUCAGAGGGACGUACAGGAUCUUAAAGAAGAGUUGAACGAUGAAAGGAAUAAACGCACGAAGUUACAGGAGGAAGUACAGGCCUUGAGGUCAAAACAUUAACUGUUACAGACAAAAGUCUGUGGGUGAUGUUUUUCCUUAUACAAUCUUUCGCCUUCAUCUACUCCAUAUGGGAAGGACAAAUACAAAGUCAUUGCUCAGGGGUUGCUAUGGAGACCAGGAAACACUGCUGAUGGGUCAUCAGGGACUUUCUAAGAAAUGUUGAACUCAUCAGACUCAUUAAAUCAAAUGAGUGGUUAACAAAGACUGUGAACAAGGUGUCUUUAAACAUGUUAUAUAUUGUAUUGGCAGUAUAAGGUAUUAUGGUGCACUGGCUGUUUUGUUUUUAUUUUUCCUCUUCUUUAUUUGUGAUGGUAAAUUCCUUCCUAGAAUUUAAGAGUGACCCUGCAUUCUUUCAACCCUAAUGCU